AGUCAGUCGCUCCCUGUCGCAGCCGGCGAGUCUCUGCUUCCCCCUUCCUACCCGCUCCGCGGCGGCAGCUCAGGCUCUUCGUGGAGGGGGAGACAGAGAAAGAGAGAGACUGACUUAAUAAAGUUUCCUGAAACAACAACUAUUACCAAAAGGAGCCCAAGGCGGGGGGAAACCCCCAUCCUUCCCCGCCCCUCUCCAAAAGCCUGAGGGACCGUCGCAGGUGGAGCGGCGCUGGGGGGAGCCGGGCUCCGGCGGCAGCCGUUGCCCUGGCAAGGGGCGCCUCGGGUCCUGCCCGCUCCGGUUCCGGCUCUUUCGGUGGCGGCGGCAGCGGCUGCGGGGCGGUUCCUGCUGUCAACUGCCUGCGCCCGCGCGCCGUCCGCCCGCCCGCACGCCCAGCUCCACAGCGCGGAGAAACGCCGUGAGCCGCCGCCGCAGCCGUCGCCUCGGGCCGCGGAGGGACGUGGUGAGCUGCGGCGCUUCCGCGUCAGCGCCGGCGGGGAAUCUUUGGGAGCGCGUCGGGCCCGAACCCCGGUCCCUUCGCGCGGUCAGCCGAGGCUGCGCCAGGUGGGGCCCGAAGCCGCCUCCCACGCCAGGCUGUCCCCGCGGCCGCCCGGCCUGCCUUCCUUCCUUCCGCCCGCCCGUCGGCCCGCCCUAGGAGUUCACCAAGCCGCAAUGAAGAGCUUCUUACAGUGAAAGGAAAGUAGGUCGUGCCCACUGAAAAUGCCUUUAAGGGACAAAUACUGUCAGACUGACCACCAUCAUCACGGAUGCUGUGAACCAGUUUAUAUCCUGGAACCUGGAGAUGCUCCUUUGUUACAGCAACCACUACAGACAUCCAAAUCUGGUAUUCAGCAAAUAAUUGAGUGCUUUCGAUCAGGAACUAAACAACUUAAGCAUAUUUUAUUAAAAGAUGUGGACACUAUUUUUGAAUGUAAAUUAUGCCGCAGUCUCUUCAGAGGAUUACCAAAUUUAAUUACCCAUAAAAAAUUCUACUGCCCACCAAGUCUCCAGAUGGAUGACAACCUUCCUGAUGUAAAUGAUAAACAAAGCCAAGCCAUAAAUGAUCUCCUAGAAGCCAUAUAUCCAAGUGUGGACAAGCGAGAAUACAUUAUUAAGCUAGAACCCAUAGAAACUAAUCAGAAUGCAGUGUUUCAAUAUAUUUCAAGGACUGAUAAUGCUACUGAAGUCACAGAGUCAAGCAGUACUCCUGAACAGCCUGAAGUUCAAAUACAGGAAACUAGCACUGAACAGUCUAAAACAGUUCCAGUUACAGACACAGAGGUGGAAACUGUAGAGCCCCCUCCUGUUGAAAUUGUUGCAGAUGAAGUUGCACCUACAUCUGAUGAACAACUGCAGGAAUCACAGGCUGACUUGGAAACUUCUGACAAUUCUGAUUUUGGUCACCAGUUGAUAUGUUGUCUUUGUAGAAAAGAAUUCAAUUCCAGACGAGGUGUUCGUCGUCACAUUCGAAAAGUACACAAGAAAAAAAUGGAAGAACUAAAAAAGUACAUUGAAACACGAAAGAAUCCAAACCAGUCCUCUAAAGGACGCAGUAAGAAUGUUCUAGUUCCAUUAAGUAGGAGUUGUCCAGUAUGUUGUAAAUCAUUUGCUACAAAAGCGAAUGUAAGGAGGCAUUUUGAUGAAGUUCAUAGAGGACUAAGGAGGGAUUCAAUUACUCCUGAUAUAGCAACAAAGCCUGGGCAACCUUUGUUCCUGGAUUCUGUUUCUCCUAAAAAAUCUUUUAAGGCUCGAAAACAAAAGUCGUCUUCAAAGGCUGAAUACAAUUUAACUGCAUGCAAAUGCCUCCUUUGCAAGAGGAAAUAUAGUUCACAAAUAAUGCUUAAAAGACAUAUGCAAAUUGUCCACAAGAUAACUCUUUCUGGAACAAACUCUAAAAGAGAGAAAGGCCCCAGUAAUACUGCCAACAGUUCAGAAAUAAAAGUUAAAGUUGAACCAGCAGAUUCUGUAGAAUCUUCACCCCCUUCCAUUAUCCAUUCUCCACAGAAUGAAUUAAAGGGAACAAAUCAUUCAAAUGAAAAAAAGAACGCACCGGCAGCACAGAAAAAUAAAGUUAAACAAGACUCUGAAAGCCCUAAAUCAACUAGUCCGUCUGCUGCAGGUGGCCAGCAAAAAACCAGGAAACCAAAACUUUCAGCUGGCUUUGACUUUAAGCAACUUUACUGUAAACUUUGUAAACGUCAGUUUACUUCCAAACAGAACUUGACUAAACACAUUGAAUUGCACACAGAUGGGAAUAACAUUUAUGUUAAAUUCUACAAGUGUCCUCUUUGCACUUAUGAAACUCGUCGGAAGCGCGAUGUGAUACGACAUAUAACUGUGGUUCAUAAAAAGUCAUCCCGUUAUCUUGGGAAAAUAACAGCCAGUUUAGAGAUCAGAGCUAUAAAAAAGCCCAUUGAUUUUGUUCUAAAUAAAGUGGCAAAAAGAGGCCCUGCAAGAGACGAAGCAAAACAUAGUGAUUCAAAACAUGAUGGCACUUCUAACUCUCCUAGUAAAAAGUAUGAAGUAGCUGAUGUUGGUAUUGAAGUAAAAGUCACGAAAAACUUUUCUCUUCACAGAUGCAAUAAAUGUGGAAAGGCAUUUGCCAAAAAGACUUAUCUUGAACAUCAUAAGAAAACUCAUAAGGCAAAUGCUUCCAAUUCACCUGAAGGAAACAAAACCAAAGGCCGAAGUACAAGAUCUAAGGCUCUUGUCUGCCUCGGGAAGCCGUCGCCCCGCAGCGCCGCCGCCCUGCGCCCGGCCGCCCCGGGGAGCCGCUGCCCUCCCGCGGGCGCCGUCACCACGCGCCAGGCCGCCGCCAGCUGCCGCGCCAAGCUCCGCGGCGGCGCCGCCCGGGAGCGCCAGCACGCCGCCCGCGGCCUGGGGAAACCCGCGCCCCCGUGAGCGCCGCCGCCCGGCCGCCGGCGGACGCCGCCGCGCCCGGCACAGCCCAGUACCUCAAGCCUCGCCCGUCGCGCCUCUCCUCCCCGCCGGACCCGCCGCACCCGCCGCACCCGCCGGAGCUCUCGAAGUCCACUCGGGCGUCGGCGAUCUCCCUGGGGUCCUCAGCCAUCGCAGACCUGCCGUCCCCCCGCGCUUUACCGAACUCUGUCCCACGCAGCCCCUCAGGCGGACCGUGUGCCUUAGGGCCGGCGGGUGGGGAGGAAGGCCUCCCUGCUAGUCGCUGCUACUUGCUGAGCAGCACUUCCUCAUCCCGUCUGCCACAAUCCCGGCUUCUCGGAGAAUCUUGCCACUGGACAAUACCAUCCUCUUUCCCUCCUCCUCGUAAUUUGUCAAGUUCCUAGUCAGCUUCUUUCAUUAUUAGUUCUUCGAAGACUAGCUCCCACUUUAGUCUUCACCUCGAAUCCCAUCAACAAGCUGGUGACCCGCACUAUCUGGAGUCGUGUGACGCGUAACUGUGGUUAAACUUGAACUCCAGCCUCCAGUCCACUCCUUGUAACUUCAUCCCCAAUGACCAUUUCUUCCCUUCGGAAUCAGCCCUUGCUCCCACGUUCUAGACUGCCAUCCCAGGGCAUCCUCAACUGGGUUUGCGCGGAGGCCGGUGCGUCUCCUGGGCUACUCUUGGUCCAUGACUGAGCACAGUCGGGGUAUUAGUGAGACGCCAGGACUCCUCUCACGAGCAGCUUGGGCAUGGGGACUCCUCAGCAGCCUGGCUGAAACUUCCUUAGAACCGUGCUGCAUGCCGUCUAAGGCUCUUCUUGCCCAAUCUCCCUCUCCUUUCCUAGGUGCCAGACUUGAAUUAUGAUAUGAAGACCCCGCCCUGCUCCUGAUUCCUUCCCUUUGUCCUUCACAGAUGUGCCCUCAAUAAAACUCUUCUAAGUUGAA